UACCCAGGCCUCCUCCACCUCUACAUCCACUACAUCGAAAUGUCCCCCACCCCAGAAAAGGGCAUCUACGCCGCUGACCAUCUCCGCGACCUCGUCCCUGACGCCGGCCAUAUCCACCACAUGCCCACACACCUUGACAUCCUAAUCGGCGACUGGCGCGCCUCCAUCAGGUCCAACUACCGCUCCACUCUCGCAGAUGACCGCUACGCCGCCAAAGCCGGCCAUAAUAACUUCUAUACCUUUUACCGCCUCCACGACUACCACUCGCUCAUCUACGCCGCUAUGUUCGCAGCCCAGAAACGUACCGCCCUCGAUGCAGUGUCCCGCAUGGAAGCCAGUAUCCCGGAGUCUCUCCUCCGCAUGCAAUCUCCUCCUAUGGCCGACUGGAUCGAGCACUUUGUUGCUAUCCGUCUGCACGUCAUGGUCCGCUUCGGGAUGUGGGAGGAGCUUAUAAAUGAUACCUCUCUUCCGGAAGACCAGGAUCUGUAUGCUAUCACGACAGCAACAACCCACUACGCCCGCGGGCUCGCCUACGCCGCUACCAAUGAUGUCCCCUCGGCCCGCAGGGAAGAAGCAUUGUUCCUGGCAGCCCGGGACCGCGUCCCGCCCACUCGCCGCGCGUACAAUAGCAGAGCUGCCGAUAUGUUGGCCGUGGGGGUCGCCAUGCUGAAGGGGGAGAUUGAGUACCGAGCAGGGAACUAUGAGACGGCGUUUGCUGCGCUGACGGAGGCGAUUGUGUUGGAGGAUCAAUUGCCGUAUAGUGAGCCGUGGGCGUGGAUGCAGCCUGUUAGGCAUGCUUACGCGGCGUUGAAGCUGGAGCAAGGGGAGGUGGAGGAGGCGGCCAGGGUGUAUAGGGCUGAUUUGGGGCUGGAUGAGUCGUUGAUUCGUCCCAGGAGACAUCCGAAUAAUGUUUGGGCGUUGCAUGGGUAUCAUGAGUGUUUGGUGAGGUUGGGGAGGGUAGAGGAGGCCAGGGCCGUUGAGGGAGCCAGGAAUGUGGCGUUGGCCGGGGCGGACGUGCCGAUUUUGGCGUCGUGCUUUUGUAGAUUGGAGGUUUUGAAGAAGGAGAAUGGGGGGUGUUGUGGUGGGAAAUAA